AUGGCUUACACAGUGCCACCUCGAUCAUUAUAUCAGAAAUCGGAUAACACUACCAAAUUAGUAACUGUGGAUAUACAAGAUGUGACAUGGCGUUAUACACAGAAGUUUUCAGAAGUUCAAUCCCGUCGAAAUAUGAUUAGAGAAUCCGUAUUGGCGUAUAAAUUAGCGGACAUUCAUACUAAUGCUAUCCGAAACUGGUCGCUUAACAAUAAUCCAGCCGAUAUUGACCAAAAACCAUACUGUUGGGAUUCAGUUAUUGAUGAAUUGGUGAGUUUCCUUCAUCCUUCAAAGUGUAAUGAUCAACUUCCGGGUCGUCAAACUGGAUCGUUGGAAUGGCGUCAAGCUCGUGGUGAACUGGGUCAGACUUCUCUGUAUGUUGAACCACUUCUUAAAGGAUCAAAGUGUAUUAUUACCCCGUCUAAUUCGGAACUUCAAAGUGGAAUAUUUCACUUACGUUAUAAUUCAGCUUUAAAUAUUUACCAGCGUCCUUAUUAUUCUAAUGAUAGUAAUAGUAAUGAUAAUAAUGAUAAUAAUAAUAAUGCAAAAACGGAUACUGAUGUUGUAUUAAAGUUUCAAUGUUCUACAAAUUCACCAAAAGCGAAUAAUCAAGAGUCAACCAAAUUGAUUGAAAAUGCUCGGAAAGCCGGUUUAUAUGGAUGGCAGUCUAUGGUCUAUCAAUGGAGAAAUAUUUUUCGGAAGGUGGAACUUGAUUGGCACAUGGUUUAUUUAGCUCGUGAAGAGGAUAGUAAACCUUCAGAAGAUGGAAUAAUUAUCUGGAUGCUUGAUUUAAGAAAUACUAAUUAUCGUGUCGGAAAAGUUUCUAUAUUUACAAAUAUGGUGUGUCAUUCAACUGAUUGUCAUGCUCGUUUUGUACUUUGUUCCGGUGAAUAUCCAGUAAAUAGUAUUAAUAGUGGCCAAGAGGAAAAUAAUCCACAAUCUGUGCCUAACUCAUGUUUGUGUCUUCAACCAGGUUCUGCUUCAUUAUUCAAUUCAGAAUCUAUGAUUGGAUCUGAUUUUCUGACUUUGAAAGCUCGUCUAUGGAAUGAUGAUGAAUCUAUUGGAAAGUCAUCUUCUGUGGCUUGGCAGCAAGCCCAACUAUUUCGGCAAAAGGAUAAUGAUUUUGAUACUUGGUCAUUGGAAUGGAAAGUUGAAUUGGUAAAAAUUAAUAAAACAGUUAAUUAA